AUGUCUGGCGAUUUUGAAAGGGGGAAGAAAUUGUUCAUUCAGCGUUGCGCGCAGUGUCACACUAUCGAUAAAGGUGGUGGCCACAAAACUGGACCUAAUCUUCAUGGUAUGUAUGGCCGGCAAACUGGUCAGGCCCCAGGUUACGACUAUACCACUGCAAAUAAAAACAAAGGUAUUACCUGGACAGAAGAGACCCUUGAUGAGUACUUAAAGAACCCGAAGAAGUACAUCCCUGGCACAAAAAUGGUGUUCGCUGGUCUCAAGAAAGAUGGUGAUAGGGCCGAUCUCAUCGCCUACAUCAAGGAGGCGUCAAAGUAG